GGGCUCUCUGGCGGCCCAACUCGCAGCAAAGACGUCGCCAUGGUGCCAGCGCCGUGGACAUGGAGUGGCAAGCAGCAGGAGUCUAAGCAAUAUUGGAUGUGCAAGUUUUGCACGUUUCGUCGUACUGGGGCUCCUCUCAUUAACUAUGGGAUCACUGAGAAGUGCUACAAGUGCAAGCUGCACAAGGGUGCGGCAUUCAAGUGCGUCAUUCCCUCGGACUCACCCAGCAGGACCAAGCGCAAGGCCGACGGCGCCAAUGAUGCAGCGUCUGCAUCGUUUGUCAAGUUGGAGAAGCGCCUGCAGCAGCUGGAGGCCGAGAGCGCGAGGCUGCGUGGUUCGCCUGACUCGGGCGGAGGCGACGCGGCAGUGGAGUCCAAUGAGUCGGAAGAGCUACGCGAUGAGAUCGACGGUCUCAGCAAGCACGUGCAGUGGUUGGAGUCGGUCCGCCCCCCUUGGGCGGAGUUACCACUCAAAGCUGCUCGCGAGGAGCUGGAGGGGGCUCGUCGUAAGCUGUAUGAGAACAAGCCCUUGCCCGCGAAGCUCACGGCCUUGUCGCGCCGAGCUGAGCAGGCCCGCAUCCGCUACCAGAAGGCGGAGCAGGACAAGGCGGCAGUGGACCAGAAGCUGCUCCAGGUCUGCCUGCAGCUGGAGGAGGAGGUGCGUGCUCUCGCAUCUUCGCAGCCAGCAGAUGAGCCAGGACAGCAUCAGGCCAUGGACCUCACGGGCCUUGAGAUCAAGCUGGAUGAGGCCCAGUUGCUUUCAUCGCUUGGUGCUAUUGAGUGCGUCGAGGACGCCUGCAAGCUGGCACCGAAGUUGGCUGAGGUGCUCAAGUCCUGCGCGGGCGAACUGCUGGGGGAGCCGCCCGACAAGCGAGCUCGCGGGGCAGCGAGCGGUGGUCAACCAUCGGAGCCGCCCCCAGCAGCGUGGGACACCGACGCGAUCGAGGUUGAGCUGCUGCGCAAGGAUGUCGGCCCCUUGGCUGACGCGGGGGGCGAAGUGGAAGACAAUCGUUUGCGACCCGUAACCUACGGAGGCCUGCUGUUCCCUGACUACAGCUGCCUGGGCUUGUGCGAGUAUUUGAACGGAGAAGAGGCAUCAGGCGAUGCGUGCCUCUGUCUGAUGGGCAACUUGCAGGGCAACGCGCUGAUUAACCUGGCCCUGGCGUGCCACACUUCUACCUGCACAGCGCAUAGCAAGGUUAAGGUGGCUGGUGACAAGCAGCCGAUGCAACCGUUCGGGGUUAGCACGGAGUUCACGGUGGUUUGCUACACCGGCAAUUCCUGGGCCACGGUUCAGAGGUUCGUGGAGUGGUGCGUGCUGGACCAGUUGUUACAGGCGGACAUUUUCGUGCUGCAGGGGCUCCGCCUCGCAGCAGGUGAGCAGUUCCGACGCGGUCAAGCUUGGGCUCGAGCACGAGGCUAUCGGCUGGAGGCGUCGCCGUGUGCGAUCACUGGCAGUUCGGCCCUGUCGACGUCCUGUGGGGUAGGCCUGCGCACGCGUGCUCACAUUCCUGUUGCAGAGUAUUUGCCAGCAUGUGCACACCCCAGGAGCAGGCUUAAGUUCCAGCGCGCAGUUUUAGGCGAUAUGCAGAUUCUCUUCGUCUCGGUGUACGGGGAGGCGGGGGUGGGCCUUAAGGGCAACGUGGAGCUCUUGGGAGCUCUCAUUGAGGCCGUGCGGGCCUCGCGCCUGCCCUUCUGCAUUGCUGGCGACUGGGACAUCGAAGCUGAGCUUUUUGG